ACACUCAGUAGUACAAUGUGGCUGUUAGUAUCGUAUCCAGCGUCGAUAGAGACAUACGUGUCCUUUUAAAUAUACGUCCGUGAAGGAUCGUAGUUGUCGUAGUAUAAAGUUGUAGAAGAUUAUUUAUAACAGAAAAUCAGCGCGCGUUUAAAAAUAAUUUUCACCUAUUAAUUGAUGUGAAUUAUUUUUGAGUUUUCCUAUUGUAUUUUUUGUGAUCUAUUAAGAAUUGAAGUGAUUAUUUAUAAGCGAAAAACACUUUCGUUUCUCGUGUCUCUUCGAAUUUACCAGCACCAUAGAUUUCAGGAGGGUCUGUGCGAUCGGGAAGCGAAGCAAGAUGCGCGGGCGGGUGCCCCGCAAUCGGCUUAUCAUAGCUGGCACCAUCGUAUUGCUCGCCGCAGCCGCCCUAGGCGCCGCCCUAGCGUGGAAUCAGAUCUUCGACGCCGCACUUAGCGCUCAAAUGACGCUCACUCCAACCUCACGGUCUUUCCGAGAGUGGGUAGAACCGACAGUACCGUUGUACUUUGACGUAUACCUAUUCAACUGGACCAAUGCGGAACAGUUUCCUGAUGAAAUUCCAAACUUGGUGGAAAUAGGUCCGUACCGGUUCCGAGAGAAGCGAAGUCACGUGAACGUGACGUGGCAUCCGCACAAUGGCUCCGUGUCGUACCGGACGUUCAGGAGUUGGGAGUUCGACGAGAGCAGCAACGGCACGUUGCAGGACAACAUCACAAUGCUCAACAUUAUCGCUGCUUCAGCAGUUUACAGAUCCAGGGACUGGGGCUUCAUCAGACAGAAGGGACUGUCGAUGGGCCUGGCGAUGUUCGGAGAGGGUAUUUCGAUAUCCAAAUUGGCCGGUGAACUGCUCUUCGAGGGCUACGACGAUCCACUACUGGAUCUAGCGAAGAGUUUGCCAGAGAGCACGACUGGUGGGGCACCACCAGUGGACAGAUUCGGAUUAUUUUAUGGGAGAAACAACUCAAUAGACACGGAUGGUUUUAUGGAGGUGUCCACGGGCGCUCUCAGUGGCUCUCUGCCUGGACAGAUCUUGAAGUGGAAUCAUCUCGACCACCUGCCGUAUUACGGUAGCGGUAAAUGUUCGAAGCUUGCGGGUAGUGCUGGCGAGUUCAUGCCGCACAAUCUGACGGAGGACUCAGGCCUUACCCUGUUCGUGCCGGACCUGUGCCGCACGGUUCACAUGCAGCACACCGACAGUGGGCAGAUAGCCGGUCUGCCUUACCACAAAUACGCUCUCACGGAGACAAGUUUCGACAACUCAUCAUCAUCACCAUCGAACUCGUGUUUCUGCAACGGCGAGUGUGCUUGGAGUGGGGUGAUGAACGUGUCAUCGUGUCGCUACGGGUCGCCAUCAUUCCUCUCAUUACCACACUUCUUGUACGGCGACCCACAAUUACGAGAACUUGUCAACGGCAUGGAGCCUGACCCUGAGAAACACUCCUUCUACUUCGCUGUGGAACCGAAUUUAGGAGUGCCUCUGGAUGUCGCAGCGCGGUUUCAGUUGAACGUGUGGAUGGAACCUAACGAAAACAUCGCUUUAUAUGAGAAUGUGCCCAAGAUGCUGUUCCCGAUAUUCUGGGUGGAACAGCGAGUGCGUGUAGAAGACCGGGUGCUGUCAGAGCUGCGCGUAGUGCGCGGGAUAUACGACUGGGGCGGGGCGAUUUGCGCCGGGAUGACCCUGUUCUUCGUCGCUUUCGCGGUCAAAGUGCUUUGUUGCGCAAAGAAACAUAAAUAUUCAAGAUAUUCCAGGCCUUGCGAUGUCAUAAGCGAGAAACCGAAGGACGAGGCGGAGCUAAAACUAAACGCGAUGUAGGAUAAAAAAUAAGCCCACAGGACCAGAAAGUCCUGGAUGCGCCAUAUUAUGUCUAGUUACCUAAAUCCUAGAUAAUCCCUCCAAGAAAUGUAUUGGCCAAUCGGAGAUUUUUGGGAAGAUUUUACUAUUUUAUAUCAGAAACUGCCCAGAAUCUGUGUGUAUAUAAAAUAUAAACCUGUAUAAAUCAGUUUAAAUUACUUAAUAAUGACAUUUUAAUAAGAACUACGUGUGUUUUUAGAUAUAAUGCGUAAAUGGUGCAUGAAAAUGAAAACUAUGUAUGUAUGUAUUGAUUGUAUAAAUUUUAUUAUCGAACUGGCUGUUCCCCGCGACUUCGCCCGCUUGUAAUUUAUUAGGAUUGGACUUAAUGGGUUUUAAUUUUUUGGCGUGGAAUCCUAAUUCUUUUUCUAAAAUUUAAGUAACCUAAGUUACUCCUUAUAACAUCAGCUAUCUGCCAAUGAAAGUCCCGUCAAAAUCAGUCCAGCCAUUUCAGAGAUUAGCGGGAACAAACAGACAGAAAUAUUUCAAAAUUGUGUUUUUCUUAUAUGUGACGUAUAUAAUUUCAUAUGUAUUUAAUUAAAAGCUGUUAUUUUGACAUUACAAACACUUCAAUUUUAUUUAUUUGUACUACGUUUGUAUGUAACUAAUCUAAGAUUUAUAUUUUUAGAACAAAAAGCAAAACAAAUUUUAUAAGGAAAUUUCCUAUUUACUUUUGACUUUGUUAUCAGUGUUGGUCAAGUUAUUGAGCUUUCGGCAGCAGAAUUUCAAUUCGCCACCCUUUUUUUUGUUAAAACUGACACUUUAAUAAUGAUUUUUUAUAGAAUAAGGGUGACAAGCGAGCACCCAGUCCACCUGAUGGUAAGUGGAUGCUGUGGCCCAUAGUCAUCUUCAUGUAUGCCUUAAUUAAGAAUCAAACUGAGGACUAACGAUGGAAUGCCUCGUAUCCAGUAAACAGGGUAUCCAGUUCUCUACACUCACCAUACGAAACACAGCAGCGGUAAACUGCUAUUUUACGCUGGUAUUCUGUGAGAGCGUGGUCCUAUCCCGAUCGAGUCGACCCAUUCAUGCCACAACCAUAAUAUAGCUGCGGCUUAGCUCUGCCACGUAAAAGAGGUAUUGCAUAAUAAUAUUGCAGCAAUAUAUCGCGUCCAGUAUUGUUGAGCCAUAGUUCUCAAAAAGAUUUUCAGCAAGAUGCAAUUUUUAUUGUCCGUUUACGAGCAGAGAAAUUACUAAAGCAAUUCAUUAUUAAUCACCGAAAAAUGUUAUAUUUACAUGCUUUCAUCAGCUUGACCUGUAUGUAUGUAUAAUCUGAAAUUUUGUAGACCUAAUACACUUUAAUUUCAUGACUUUGACUUAGUUUUCCUCAUCACAUAUCUACUUUUAUAUUAUUAUGAAUACUGAGAUACAAAUACUUAGUAUGUAAGUUUCGUGUUAUUUUAUGUGUGUAGAUUGUAAGAAUAAUUUUUUGUGUUGGUGUUGGAUCGGUGGUGUCACUUCUUUCUCAUCUUCAAUCAAUUAAAGUUUGUCUUUUAUUUCUUUGGUAAUAUUACGAUUAUUUUUUGCCAGUGUCAAAAAAUUGGAAAUUAUUUUUAUAUUUUUUUAACAAAGUGCUUCACAAUAUGUUGCGAAAAAUAAUCUUUAAAUUAUUAACCAAAUUUAUAGAUUAUUUUUUCAUAUUAACCAAAUUGAAAAACAUUGCUUCACCUAUACAUUAUGUGUAUUAAGUACUUUAAAAAAGUUUAAUUAAGAUUUCUUCUUGUAAUUAAUUCAUUGUGUUUAAGCCAAACAAUUCCAUUGAAAGAUUAUUUACUGUGAUAUGCUUAGUAUAGUGAACGUAAUCGCUCACUAGUUACGUAAAAAUUGGACAUUAUCACUUAGCGCCUAAAUUUUCAGUAUACAUGAAAAGGUUUGCGUGUAAGAUUGCCUUUGAUAAAUAGGCAGGCGCUUAAAUAAUCACUUAUUAACAUCCUAAACUUAGUAUUAUGACUAUAGUAAAUUUUAUAAUACUAGUGUUCUUUUUUAUAUUGCUAUUAUUAUUACUGUUGCAAUUCAUGACAUAAUUUAUUCCGUUCUCAAUUAUAUAAAUUAUAUAAGGGCUGUGACAAACAAUAUAGUUUAUACACUAUUUAGCUUGACCUAUAGAUAUGUAUCUACGUAUGUAUGUAAUGAAUGAAAUGGAAUUUCAUAAUUCAAUCUAACCCACUUCAUGUCGUAUGAAUAAUCUGAAUAUUUUCAGUCAUACUAACAACCAGUGACAGUAUAUUUUCAUGAAAAUGACCUAUUAUUCCAACUAGGAUCAUCACGGCUCAGGAUCAAAGCGUGUUGUUUAUUAUUUUUUAAUAAUAUUAUUUAAUUUUGUUUUGUUUGUUACAGCCACGUGACUAUAGAUAAGAAACUCAUUGGAGAGUAUGAAAGAUAUAUAAUAUGAUGAAACAUAUAUAAAUAUAAUAUACAAUAUACAAUUAAUAAUAUGUUAUUAAAUUUAAUGUUAUGAAGAGUUAAUAUAAUUAUGACGUAUUAUUUAUUUAUUCUGUUAUUAUAAAAUCCUUCAAGUAUACCGGAUUAAUGGAUAAAUAUCUACAACAUAUAAACCACAUCUGUAAAAAUAUUAAUACUAAGAUUUAUGUAUGUUCACAUUGUGUAAAUAACAUAAUGUAUUCUAACUGAAAGUUACCAGAUACAGUCUAAUAUGACGAGAAAUAAUAAAUUCCUUUAC